UUGUAGUGAGUGUACGGCGGCGGGCUGGUUGAGGUUAGUUCCCAGGAGGUGGAGAGGGGAUCUGGAGCUUAACCCCGUGCAGCGAGAUGGACAUUUUGAGAUCAGAGAUUUCCCGGAAGCGGCAGCUGGUGGAAGAGAGAAACCUGUUGGUGGAAAAUAAAAAAUAUUUCAGACGCAGUGAACUUGUGAAAAAAGAGGAGGAGGCAUAUUUUGAAAGAUGUGGCUACAAGAUACAGCCAAAAGAGGAGGACCAGAAACCACUAACUUCAUCAAAUCCAGUAUUAGAACUUGAAUUGGCAGAGGAAAAAUUACCCAUGACUCUUUCUAGGCAAGAGGUUAUCAGAAGGUUAAGAGAAAGAGGAGAACCAAUUAGACUAUUUGGAGAAACUGAUUAUGAUGCUUUUCAACGUUUAAGAAAAAUAGAGAUCCUCACACCAGAAGUUAAUAAGGGCUUGAGGAAUGAUCUGAAAGCAGCUUUGGAUAAGAUUGAUCAACAGUACCUCAAUGAAAUUGUGGGUGGUCAAGAACCUGGAGAGGAAGAUACACAAAAUGAUCUGAAAGUUCAUGAAGAAAACACAACAAUUGAAGAGUUAGAGACACUGGGGGAGUCUUUAGGGAAAGGCGAUGAUCAUAAGGACAUGGACAUCAUCACCAAGUUCCUGAAAUUUCUUCUUGGUGUUUGGGCUAAGGAAUUGAAUGCCAGAGAAGAUUAUGUGAAACGCAGUGUGCAGGGUAAACUGAACAGUGCUACUCAGAAGCAGACUGAGUCCUAUCUCAGACCACUUUUCAGAAAGCUCCGGAAAAGGAAUCUUCCUGCUGACAUUAAAGAAUCGAUAACAGAUAUUAUUAAAUUCAUGUUGCAGAGGGAAUAUGUAAAGGCAAAUGAUGCUUACCUUCAGAUGGCCAUUGGAAAUGCUCCCUGGCCUAUUGGUGUCACUAUGGUUGGUAUCCAUGCCAGAACUGGCAGGGAAAAGAUUUUUUCUAAGCAUGUUGCACAUGUUUUAAAUGACGAAACUCAGCGGAAAUAUAUUCAGGGAUUGAAGAGGUUAAUGACUAUUUGCCAGAAACACUUUCCUACAGAUCCAUCAAAAUGUGUGGAGUACAAUGCACUGUGAGACCUAUGUUCGAUAUGUAAAUAACAGUGAGAAACUUAAGGAAGCAGGGUAUGGACUCCUGGCAUCACCAGCAAGAUUGAAGGAAGAAGAAAACUGGAGUUUCUGGUCUCUGAGUUUACCUGAUACAAUUCGUGAUCAGUUUUAAGAACUGUGUUGGCUUUCAUAUCA